AUGCAUCGCGCGGAUGAUGAGAUGACUCACGGGAGGAAGGUGUAUGUGGGAAACCUCGACCCCGAAUCCACUUCUACGGAACUGGAGGAGAUCUUCAGACGUUAUGGGAAGCUUAGCAAUAUUUGGGUGGCGAGGAACCCUCCAGGGUUUGCUUUUGUGACCUUUGAGGACAUGAGAGACGCCAGAGACGCGGUGGAGGCCACAGACGGAAUCCUGCAUCGGGAGAAGUACCUUCGCGUGGAAAUCGCCAAGGGGCCCGGCGCCAAAGGACGCCGUACGAGCCCUCCGGGGAGGAGGAGACGCGGCUCUCCGGACGGUUCCCGGGGCCGUGACACACGCCGCAGUCCUGGAUACAGCAGCGAAGGCAGCGACUACAACGACUACCGCGGCCGAAGAGGCCGAAGCCGCAGCCGCAGUGCCGACAGACGACGCUCCUACAGGUCUGUUAAGUCUAGGGUCCGCGUCGCCGGGAUUACUCUGACGACGAGCGGGACACGAGGGGAGGCCGGGGCAGGAGAUGAGACGGAGUGCAAGGACGCAGAAUACCGAAGGGCAUCAUGA